AAGGACGGAGAAGGAGAAGACGAGCUCGCGACUGUAUAGCAAGCACCAAACCAUAAACAUACACACUCUCGACACAUCAUUCCAAGAUGCCGACACCCAAGUCAAUCCAGUUCCGCAUGCAAAAGCCCAAGGUGCCGCCAACAUUCGAGGGAGUCGACUACGACAACAACUUGCAGCUCAAGGCCGCCCAGGAUGCCGUGCUGCGCGAGCAAUGGGUGCAGAGCAUGAUGGCGCGUCUUCUCCGAGAGGAGAUGGGCAAGUGCUACUACCGUGAGGGCGUCAACCACCUCGAGAAGUGCGGCCAGCUCAGAGAACGCUACCUCGAGCAAUUGAAGCACUCCAAGGUCAAGGGCUACCUCUUUGAGCAACAGAACAUCACCCCCAGCAGCUCAUAG